AUGACCCCAGAGUAUGUCCUGACCGAGACUGAUGGCUAUGGCGCCAGCCAGUCAGUUAUCACUUCCAUUCAGUGUCCGCCAUUGACGUCCUCAUUGGCAGCCCGCAUAUCCUCGACGCCAUCGUCGGGGCAGUUCUACGACCGCAAAAAGGUCACUAGCAUCAUCAAGAAGGAAGCCCCAAGUCAAUCCCUCUUCCGCUUUACGGCCGGCUCCCCCGACUUCCCCCUUCGACAUUGA